AUGAUGCAAGUUCUACAUAAAAAACGAAAACCAUGGUCUCCCCAAGAAAAAAAAAUUGCUUUGUCACUUUAUUAUAAAUCACCAUCCACUUACAAUUAUAUGCGUAAAAGUGGCAUUAUACUACCGGGGAAAAGCACUGUAAAGCGUUGGUUGAACUCAAUUCAUUUUUCCACUGGUUUUCCAUCUAUGUACAUGGAACAAAUUAAACUUAAAACCUCAGACUUUACGUACGAAGAAAAAAAGUGCGUUAUUUUAUUAGACGAAGUUUCUAUUAUGAAAUCUAUUGAGUACAAUAAAAUAUUAGAUGAAAUCGAAGGUUUUGAAGAUUUAGGGCCUCUGGGUCGAACGCCUACAUUUGGAACACAUGCUUUAGUGAUAAUGCUACGCGGACUAUAUAAAAAAUGGAAAUUUCCAUUUUGUUAUUUUUUUACGGGUAACGGAGUAAAAGGUGAUGAUUUAGUGAUAAUUAUAAAGAAAUGUGUGGAAAAAGUUAUGACUAGACUCAAUCUAAUACCGACCACUAUUGUUUGUGACCAAGGUACUCAAAACCAACGAAUGUUUAAAUUACUCGGUGGAACAGAAGAUAGGCCAUUUACCAUAAUAAAUGAAAAAAAAAUAUUUUUAAUUUAUGACAUGCCACAUUUAGUAAAAAGUAUAAGAAAUAAUCUGUUGUCCGGUAAUUUUGAAAUUAACAAUAACAUUGUAUCAUUCAAAGACAUUCGAAAAACUUACGAGACAGACAUAAAAAAUACUGCUCGGGCUAUGACCAAAAUAACGCCAGCGCACCUUGCUCCAAAUGCGUUCCAGAAAAUGACAUGUAAACUAGCGAUUCAGCUUUUUAGUAACUCUGUAUCGGCUGCUAUUAAAACGUGUGUCUCGACUGGUGAACUGAUAUCUGACACGGCAAUAAAUACGUCCAACUUCAUAAGCGUUAUAAAUGAUAUGUUCGACGCAGCAAAUAGUAAAAAUCUCUACGAUCGUAAUAUUAAUAAAAGGCCAAUAAGUGAUAAUAACACACAUGUACUCCAAAAUUUAGAGAAAGCUCGAUUGAUGUUUAAAAACGCAAAAAAAAUUAAUUUAAAAACAAAUAAAACCAGUGUUCCUCCUUGUUUCACCGGGAUAAUUUGGUCAACAACCGCCAUAAUGAAUCUAUUUCAAAGUGAAAAAGAAGAUAUGAGCCAAUUUCAGCCUACAGGAAAAGAUUACUUUUUAAUGACAAACCGUCUCACACAAGAUGCGUUGGAAAAUUUUUUUUCAUUAAUGAGACAAAAAAAUGGAUAUAACAGGAAUCCCACAGCGAGAACUUUCCGUUGUUGUUUUGGUCAUAUAUGCACUUACAGUUUAAUGCAAUGUUCAACGUGUUGCAGCAACUGUGAGGAUGAUGACGACAAUUACUUAACCACAGCUGAUGUAGAAAACGUAACUGUAGUACCGGGGCCAGUAGUAGUCGAAGAUUUAAAUGCAACGCUCGAAUCAGUUUCUAGUUUUUCAGAAACUUCUGGUAGCCCUAAAACAACUUUCGAGGCAACGCCAAUAUCGUUGGAGACUUGUAGCAUAACAUAUUUUGCUGGUUACUUGGCAAAAAAAUGCAUUCAAAAAUUCAAUUGUGAAAUGUGCAAAUUAAAUUUAAUAACAAAAACAAAUAAAAAUGACGAAAAUCAACUUUUAUUACAUAACAAAACGUAUGAUUAUACAGACCAAGGGUAUGGGUUGAAAGCACCAACAAAUAUAUUAUUAGAUAUAUCUACUAUAUGUUUAAAUGUUUUUAAAAAUAAUUUUGAUGAAAUGAAGUGCAACAAAAAAUUAUUAGCGCAAUUAAUUUCUAAAGCAGAAACUAAAAUAGAGGACAAAUAUUCAAUUUUACAAUCUAAUUCAUGCAAAGAACACUUUCAAUAUAUUAUUGAACUUCUUUUAAGAACUAAAUUAUACAAAGAAUGCAAGUGGCUAAAUGCAAACAGCGGAAAGCGAUCAAUGCAAAAUGCAGAUAAACUUCGGGUUUUACAAAAUAUCUAA